AUGUCCGAAACGAGGCGGACGUCGUCCAAUGAAAUAAUAAAUUUGAAUGUUGGAGGGCAGCGAUUUUCAACUAGUCGGAGUACGCUCAGCUGGGUGCCGGAUACAUUCUUCUCCAGCCUGCUGAGCGGCCGGAUCAAUUCCACGGAGGAUGCAACCGGGGCGGUAAGAAUUUUUAUCUGAUGCCAAGUGUAAUAUCCCUGGCUGCGUCAAAAUUGACAGACGUGGCUGAAAAUGCGUAAAGAACUCUUUUAUUGAACCUCGGUGGUUUUUUUAUUGAAAAAAUUGCAGUGUUCUUAAGAUAUAAGAAAACGUAUUUUAGGUAUGAAGAGUAAUAUAAAGGCUUUAAUCUCUAUUUUUCAGUUCUUCAUCGAUCGAGAUCCUGAUUUAUUUCGACGAGUACUGCAUUAUCUCCGCACGCAACAAAUUGAUUUGAGGUAAAGUUCUGUCUUAUCUUAUUAUUUUUCACCUUUAGUCGAAAGUAGCAUAAAAGACGAUUCAUUUUUAGCAAUGUGAGCCUGUCGAUGUUGAUCCAUGAAGCCGAGUUCUACGGGAUCACACCGCUUCUGAAAAGGUUGAAGCUCUGCCAGGAGAUGAACGAGACGCCCUGUGGCGACGUACUUUUUAUGGGAGUUUUGGAUCCGCCAGACGAAAUACCUUCAGUGUCUUCCGUGGCUUUAAACAGGUCAAUAAAUGCGAGUAAUCAUAUGCAAUCACCGCUCAUCAGGGAGAGGAGACUCUCUUCUGUAACACCAAGGGUAAUAUUUUUAUUUUGAGCUCGAUGAAGUCAAAGGGCAAAGUUUUGGACUAAACAUGGUCUAAUCAAUAAAUUAUUAUCUCGUUUUAGGGAUAUUCUCAUCAAGAUGCCCAUCGUCAGUCCUCGGCCUCGUUUUCUACCGGUUACCCUUCUCAAAAUAUGUACAGUAGCUCGUCCGUGAAAUUCAAAAUUAACGAUUCUGGAGAAUCGGUAAGCAGCUUCGCGAGAAACCUCAAUUUUGACGGUCUUAUGUUUUUUGGUGAGGGUGGUUCCAUUUUUUUGAAGUUGAAUUUAUGUUGUCGUGGUAUUUUAGUCUUCACGAUUAUCAACCGUAUCAUCCGAAUCAACAGUCGAUCCGACCACCAGGCAGAUCAGAACCGACCUCCGAAGACUUGUCCUUCGAGAGAAUGAAAUGGACGAAGAAAAUGUAAAUAGAAACCUAAUGCGAGUUCGGCUGAUCCGAGCCUAUCAGAACGCCGUAGCCGUUGCCUACACCAAUUUUGGAUGUGUUUAUAAGUAUGUUCCUGGUUUGAUUAUCUCAUACUUGAAAUUUAGGAUGAAAGAUAGUUAUGGAUGGAAGAUGUGCUUCGUUUCCGGAAUAAUGGACGCACCAAUAAAGCAUAUGGCAUUCCUCUCAAAAUUCCCAACACAGUUGUCGGAAAAAAUGCUGGCUCUGGGGUUAACAUCCAAUGUUAUCCAUCUGUAUCUGAUAGAAGAAGGUGGAGAUGCUCAAGUCCAUCGAACAGUUGGAGUGUUCUCGUUGAAUGCAGACAUUGAUAAACUCUUCUUCAUUGGAUCCCAGCUGGUUGCUUUGUCCUGGACUGGCAAAGUGGGCGUUUGGAAUUCGAUGACCCACAAUUGGCAAGUACAAGGUAAUUUUUGAUAAUAAUUUGAAAAAUUGGAAAAUGUUAUCUAUGAGUUGGAUAUUUUAUAGUGUGAAAUGGUAUGCUAGAUUAGAUUUACGUGGAUAUUCCGACUUUGACUGCUGUUUUUUGGAGAAAUUGGAAGUUGAAAGGUUGUUGUAUGAGAUGUCUAAAUAAGGUCGUAAAAAGUGGAGGUGUAGAUGUAGCUUUUGAUUUUGAAGUUCUUAGAUAUCGCAUAUGAAUUUACCAUAAACGUUUUAUACGAUAAAAUAUGUUCAGAUAUCUGCAUGAAUAUAUAAUUUCAUUUGUAAAAUAAUUCUUUCAGAUGUGAUGCAAAUAUCCAGUUAUGACACAGCCGGCUUUAUCCUCCUCCUUGGAUGCACGAACGGCUGCAUCUACUACAUUGACAUGCAAAAAUUCCCCCUCCGAAUGAAAGACAAUGAUCUCCUUAUCACCGAACUCUACAGAGACCCGAAUGCAGACACAAUCACGGCAAUAUCGGUCUACCUAACCCCCAAAACAAAUAUAUGUGGCAAUUGGAUUGAAAUCGCGUAUGGAACAGCGACCGGAAAUGUUCGAGUUAUUGUCCAGCAUCCAGAAACUGUUGGUCAUGGGCCGCAAUUGUUCCAAACCCACUCAGUUCAUACGUCUCCGAUCACCAGAGUGGCUUUGACGACUAAUUAUUUGAUUAGCGGUAAGUUGUGAGUGGGGUUCUUGGGCAUUUUGGAGGUGUUUUAUGUCUGAGAGGGCAAGUGUAAUAUACGGUUUUGGUUGAAAAUUAACCCAGGAGAGUUUCAUGUGGUUCAGAAAAAUGGCUGAGAUUUUUAAUGAGAUAAGAUGACACCGAUUGAAUAAAAAAUAUUAUUUUGUUGCCUAAAUUUUACAUUUUAGUGUGCCAUGAAAACAACCAUGUCCGUUCGUGGUCAGUGGCCCGGUUCCGUGGCAUGAUCAGCACCCAGCCAGGAGGCCAAUCGCUGGCUUCAUUCAAGAUCAUGACCCUCGAUUCCUCGCCUGAUGAUAGCCCAUUGCCUGAGGGCUGUAAUCCCGGUCCUUACGGAGAGCAAGAUGGAGAACAGAUCUUUGUCCAGCGAGUGGUUCCCGACGCUAAUACCCUGUUUAUUUUGUUGGCAUCGACUGGAGAACGCCUCUGUACGAUAAAAACAGUAGAUGCCCAGCCAAUAACCGCUUUUUAUGUUCAUGAAUGUGAAGGUUCGAAUAGAAUGGGCGCACGACCAAGAAGGUAUUUGUUCGCAGGAACCAGCAGUGGAAGUGUUCAGGUGAGAACCGCAUUUUGGAGAGGAGGUUGAGAAGAUUUUACUUUUUUCAUUUUGUGACAUAUAAAAUUGCCUUUAGAUGUUCGAUUUAACCACUGCACUGGACCAACAUCAAGCCAGAACCACCUUGCUUUCCCAGCAACUGAGCCAGCUCAGCACACAAACGGUUCAAGUCGGAUCGGAAGCGAAAAAUAACCCUUCCGGGUCUUCUGGAGUCGUCACUGGAGCUCAGAAUUCGUUCAUUAACCUGUCGCCUAGUCUUAUAAAUCAGUGGAAUGUUGUCAAAGGCUUCCAGACAUUACAGGUGAGAUAAUCUAGGAGUUUUGAGGAUGUUUUUGAAAUUUACAAAAAUUUUUGAUCAUUUCUAAUGUUUUAGGGUCCAACCCCGGAAGAAUUGCUGAAACUAAUCGAGGAUUGCGAUCUCGCCGUCGCCAGCCUCAACGCCUUGCCAGAACAUGGCUCCUCUAGUCAAGAUUGA